GUCUGAAAACACAACUCGGGCUCAGGAAGAACGACAGAUUUUUUUAAAUGGAGGUUGUCUCAUUUCAACACUCCACCGUUUGAAAUCUAUGGACAUUAGCUGAUAGUUGUUGACAAUGCGUUGGUUCAGUGAACGACGAAGCUAUGCACCUCCCAAGUAUAGCCUGCCAGGAAGUAAACAGAACCUCGAUGUUGUUCACAUCCGACAGGAGUUAGACGUCGCUACUUUUUUACACUAAGGAAGGACCCAGGUUAGCUAAUAGCUAACCUCGUUGUGCAGAGUAUCCCUUUUACUCCACUAAAAUGUCAAAACUAGAAUUGUUUAGAGGAUUUGUCCGUGAGAGACUAUCAACGGCAGCUUUGGAGAUUUUUGCAGCCGUUGAAAAAACGUUUGCUGAGUUCCAAGAAGAAAUAUAUAAUUCCAAUGAGGAGAGCGCGCGGCUCAAACGAUUGUUGGACAUUGUUUCUCCGCCGGAGAUCAAGAUACACCGAACAGAUGUGCAGCAGCUCUCUCUCCUGGAGCCCCCACAGAUUAAAGAGGAACAGGAGCUGUGGACCAGUCAGGAGGAAGAGCUGCUCCAAGGACUGCAGUCUGAAACUACAGAUCCUAUAUUUACCGAAGAGUCCAAGUUUUUAAACGCCAGAAUAACUCAAUUAAAUGUGAUGAGAGAACUUUUUGGUGAAAUACUGACAACAGCAACUUUGAAGAUUUACUGGGCCGUUGAUAAACCGUUUGCAGGGUACCAGGAAGAAAUCUCUCGUUCCAAGGAAGAGAGCGUGCAGCUACAACGGCUGUUGGAUAUUUUUACUCAACCUGAGAUCAAGCUACAACGAAUAGAUGUGCAGCAGCUCUCUCUUACAGAGCCCCCACAGAUAAAAGAGAAACAGGAGCUGUGGACCAGUCAGGAGAAAGACCAGCUCCAAGGACUGCAGUCUGAAACUACAGACUCCAUAUUCACUUCUCUCAGUGUGGAACAUUAUUCUGAUCAGGAGGGCUCCUCUGAAUGUUCACAUCUUCACCAAACUGUUAAAGUGGAGAACAGAGAAGAAAACUCUCUACCUACCAACACAACUGAGAAGCAAAUCAAAGCAGAGCCUCAUGUACAAAACUAUGCAGCACCAGAACCAGGCAGUGACUCUCAGCCCCUCUCUGUUGUAGCUGCAGACUGUCCUGCAGCUCUGAGUCUGGAGGAGGAGGAGGAACAUGGAGGAGUGAUGCUUUUACAGAACAGAACACAAAACAAUGAGGCUCUUCCAAGGUACAAUAGACCACAGGGAAGUCACACAGGAAAAACAAUACAUCAGUGUCAACAAUGUAACAAAACUUUCAUAUCUGAAUCUCCUUUUAUUUUGCACAUGAGAACACACACAGGAGAGAAACCUUUUCAGUGUAAACAUUGUAACAAACAAUUUUCUAAGAAAUGUAAUCUUGUUACUCACAUGAGAACACACACAGGAGAGAAACCUUUUCAGUGUCAACAAUGUAACAGACUAUUUUCUCACAAAAGUACUCUUGUUAGUCACAUGAGAAGACACACAGGAGAGAAACCUUUUCAGUGUCAACAAUGUAACAAACUGUUUGCUCAAAAAGUAAGUAUUGUUCGUCACAUGAGAAUACACACAGGAGACAAACCUUUUCAGUGUCAACAAUGUAACAAACUAUUUGCUCAAAGAGUAAAUUUUGUUAGUCACAUGAGAACACACACAGGAGAGAAACCUUUUCAGUGUCAACAAUGUAACAAACGAUUUGCUGACAAAAGUACUCUUAAUGGUCACAUGAGAACACACACAGGAGAGAAACCUUUUCAGUGUCCUCAAUGUAACAAACGAUUUCCUCACAAAAGUACUGUAGUUGGUCACAUGAGAACACACACAGGAGAGAAACCUUUUCAGUGUCCACAAUGCAACAAACAAUUUACUUGGAGAUUUAAUCUUGUUAGUCACAUGACAAUACACACAGGAGAGAAACCGUUUCAGUGUCCACAAUGUAAUAAACAAUUUUUUCAGAAAGGUAAUCUUGUUCGUCACAUGACAAUACACACAGGAGAGAAACCAUAGUCUAAAU